AUGACAAACACUCCUGCAAGUAUCGAUAGCCUCCUGGCACCGUCUAAGUUCUCGUCCGCAAUCGGCCCCGAUCAAAUCCUUCUCAUCACCAUCGCCUGCCGCCUCCAUGACUCCCGGCGCGGCGUCGUUCCCACAGACAACGAUUUUUUCGAAUACAUCUUCGGUCCAUCAGACGUCGUGAGAACCUUGCGAGACUUCUGCUGGGACGAUGAGGUCUUCCCUUUAGGAAGUCCAGAUGAAAAAGCCAGUAGGGACUUGACAGAUUUUGAACAUGUGAUGGGGGAGAAGGGGUGGAGUAGGGAAGAGUGUGCUGCUUGGCUGCGUGAUUAUUGGUGGUUGAAAGGCUUGUUGGAUGAAGAGGCGGAGAGGAUCGUCGGGGAGGUAGCGAAGAGCCCGGAGGAGAGAGCGGAGGACGCGGCGAGGGUUGUGGAGGAGCGAAGACAGGAACGGAUUGGGGAGAUUGUGAGGAAGGGAGAGGGGCUUGGCUGUGUGAGGAGCGAGAAGAUGAAGGGCAAUAUUCGUAUGGAGCGAUAG